AUGGAGGCAGAUGGUAAAUUUUUACGUUUCAGCGAAGUUCGCGAAAUACAGGAUAUAAGCAUUGCUUUGAUAGAGGUGCAUAAUAUUGAUGCUUAUGACGACAAUACGCCAGCUAUUCAACGAUCAAGUAUGGAGACUCCAAUUGCUAAUAGCAACGUCGGAUUUAAAUUAUUGCAGAAAAUGGGUUGGAGUUCUGGCGAUGGCUUAGGAAGGAAUAAGCAAGGUCGUACGGAUCCUAUUCCUAUUGUCAUCAAGGAAGAUAUUUGUGGAAUCGGCAGAAUUGAAAUGGAAAUGGAACAAGUGCAAGAAAUUACAGAAAAGAGAAAGCCAUUAGAAAUUGAAAAAGAGAGCACUCCUGAAUUAAUGAUGAAGUAUCAGGACAAUUUACAAAAGGAAAUUGAUAGAGAAAAGUCACUAUCAAGCUUAAAAAGUUCAUUUUAUUGCGAAUUAUGCGACAAGCAAUAUUUUAAAUAUCAUGAAUACGAUAAUCACAUCAAUUCCUAUGAUCAUGCACACAAACAAAGGCUGAAAGACCUAUCUCAGCGUGAAUUCGGACGCAAUCAAGACAUAAAAAGGCGACGGGAACAGAAACAAAUGGAAAAGGAAUUAAAACGAAUUCAUUCCAUAGCUAAUAAAAAAGCUGGCGUGGAUACUGAAAGCUCGGAUACUAUCUUGUCUGAAUCGUGCUUUAAAGGUAGCACGAGUGUCAGCAGAGAUCCCGUCAAGGCUGGAUUUGCAUCUUCAUUUGCUCAAAGCCGCGAUAACAGUUCUAAAUCCUCUUCAGUAGGAGGUUUUAAACCCGUUGAAGGUCUUUCGACAGCGACGACUUCAAAUCUAACGAAGGAAAAGAUUAUUGAUAAUACCCCAACGAGUAAUAUACUUGUAAAACCUAACAGUAGCAGCACUAUUAAGAAUAAGCCAUUUUCAUUUUCGUUUAAAUCCGGUAAUAAGGGCAGUGAUAUAGUAAAGGCUGGUAAUAAAAGUGGGGGAGAAAACCGAAAGGAAUCAAUCAACGCCUGUGAUAAUAGUCUUUCAUCUGUUCAACCACCAUUGCCACUUUGUGAUGACGGCGAUAAAAAUCCGGACUCUAAUUCCUCAAAGAUAUCAAUUUUACAUAGCGUUGAUGAUCGUCCCCCUCCUCCUUCGCCACCACCUCAGUCUACAAGAUCGGUAAUUAAAUUUUCUUUUGGAAGUAGGAAAAAGUAG